AAAGUCAAAAUAUUAGGCUAUUUUUUAUUUAUUUUGUUGGCAAAGAAUAUUAAGUUAUUGUGUGAAGUCCAAAAUAAAGUUAUAUGUAAAUCAAAGGCUAAUGCUGGAUCUCACACAAAUAUCUAAAUCAUUCAUUCGCAUCUAGUCCUCACAAUCAUACUAUAAACCCACCUGCACCCAUCCCUUUUAAUUUUCUAUUCCUCUAUUUUCCCAGCUCCUCACGCCUUUCCCAACUCUUUGUAUUUCCCUUCACAGUAAGUUCUUGAUCUUUCUUCUAAAGGUCAAACCUUUGAACUUCAACCCUCCCCCCUCCCAAAAAAAAAAAAGAAAAAAAAAAGAAAAGAAAACAUGACAAACUACGGCACAAUCCCGACUUCAUCGACGGCAGGACCCUCGGCGAACAUCGGAUACCUAUCUCCAGCCAAGGAACGUAUCAAAGAAGGGCUUGGAGCUCGGCGUCCAUGGAAACUUAUGUUCAACUUUCACUCCAUCAACUUCCCUGGGAACCUCUCCGAAGCUAUUACCAGGGUCAGAACUAACGUUGCUUACUUCCGCAUGAACUACGCCAUGAUCGUGCUUCUCAUCCUUUUCCUUAGCCUUUUAUGGCACCCCAUCUCCCUCUUAGUCUUCGUAGCUAUGAUGGCCGCUUGGUUGUUCUUGUAUUUCCUGAGGGAUGAGCCUCUAGUUGUUUUCCGCCGUACGAUCGACGAUCGCGUGGUGCUGGUGGUGUUGGGGGUUUUGACCAUCGUGUUCCUGCUGUUGACUGAUGCCACCACCAAUAUUUUGGUGUCGCUUUUGAUUGGUGCGGUUGUGGUUUUGGUCCACGCUUCCUUCAGGAGGACUGAUGAUUUGUAUGAUGAAGAAUCCGCUGAAGGCUUGUUUUCUGGACCUUCAUCUUCUUCCUGAUUCUGGCUUUCUUUUGUAAUUCUUUUUAUGUGUGGUGAGUUAUUAUUGGCAUAUCUAUAUUAUCUCAAUUUUUUGGUUUUUUGUUUGAUUGAUUGUAUGUUUGUAACUGUUGUUUAAUUUAAUGGGGGGUUAUUUAA